GCCGGAGGAUGGGCUGGCGCCUGGGGCUCGGCGGGGCCGGCGCUCCGCUGCUCCUGCUCCUGCUGCUGCUGCUGGCCGGGCCGGGGAGCGGCCGAAAACCCUCGCGGAGGAAAUGCGCCGUCCGCUGCUCGUGCGCCAAAGACGCGGCGCUCUGCGAAGGGGCCGACGAGAUCCCCAAGGAGCUGCCCCCCAAGCUGGUCUCCCUGUCUCUCAUUCGCUCAGGAUUCACUGAGAUCAUGGAAGGCAGCUUUCACCACGUGCCGACAAUUCAGCUGCUAUUACUCACUUACAACUCCCUGGACCAGAUCGGGGACAAUGCCUUCGAUGGACUCAUACACCUGGAAUAUCUGUUCAUUGAGCACAAUAGACUGGAUAUGAUCUCCAAGAAUGCCCUCCAAGGCCUAAAAAGUCUUCUCCAUCUGAGCUUGGCUAAUAAUAACCUACAGACCUUACCGAGGCAUCUCUUCCGAGGCCUGAAUGCUUUGACCACAGUGGACUUGCGGGGAAACGCCUUCCACUGCGACUGCAAGCUGAAAUGGCUGGUGGAGUGGGUGAGCUACACUAAUGCUGUGGUGGAGCCCAUAGAGUGCCGGUCCCCCAUCGAGCUGAACCGCACCAAUCUUGCCGAACUGCGCCCAGAGGGCUUCAACUGCAUCACCACUGACCUUGUUCUCAUCGAGGUUCUAGAUUACCAGUCGCUUUCUGUGGAAACCUUCACCUACCAUGGGGAGCAGAAUUUGGUGAUCGCCCAGCCCUUUCUCGGACGUUGCAUCUUCCUGGAGUGGGACCAUGUGCAAGGAAAAUUUCGCAGCUAUGCCAACAUCACCGGCUCAUCCACUGUCGUCUGCAAGCCCCUCGUGAUCGACGGCCAGCUCUUUGUGGUCGUAGCUCAGCUCUUUGGCGGCUCGCACAUCUACAAGCGGGACGAAGCCACGGGGCGCUUCCUCCGCACGCAGGCCAUCGAGGGCUCCCGCAUCCGCAAGCCCAACGACAUCGAGGUCUUCCGCUUGGAGGGCGACUGGUACUUCAUCAUGGCUGACAGCUCCAAGGCCGGCUCCACCACCCUGUACCGCUGGAACGGCCACGGCUUCUACACCCACCAGUCGCUACACGACUGGUACCGUGACACGGAUGCGGAGUUUUUGGAAAUCGCGGGCAAGCCUCACCUCAUCCUGGCCAGCAGCUCCCAGCGCCCGGUCAUCUACCAGUGGAACAAGCAAAAGUUCACCCCCCGCACCGACAUCCCUGACAUGGAUGACGUCUAUGCCGUUAAGCAUUUCAAAGUCAAGGAGGACGUGUACAUUUGCCUGACCCGCUUCCUUGGCGACUCCAAGGUGAUGCACUGGGAUGGAUCAAUGUUCCGAGACGUUCAGCACAUGCCGUCUCGCGGCUCCAUGGUUUUCCAGCCCUUGACCAUCGCCGGUUACCGCUACGCCUUUCUUGGCAACGACUACUCCUUCAGCCAAGUGUACCGCUACGAACCUGUCACGGGACUCUUCCAGCACUUCCAGGAGCUGAACACUCAGGCCCCGCGGUCCUUUGCCCACCUCCACGUCGACAAGCAAGACUUCCUCAUCGCUUCCAGCUUCAAGGGCAAAACCCACAUCUACCGGCACGUCAUCAUUGAUCUGAGCGCCUGAGCCUGUCUGCAGCGGGGUUCGGGGGUGUCUAAUCAGGAGGCAGCCGCCACAGGGAGGAGAGGAAGUGGCGGCAGCUGCUGGGGGAAGUGCAGUACCCGAGACGGCCACUAGGGCGACCGCACUGGAAGCAGAGGCUGUUGAGAGUGCGAUUCCCCAGUGGUGCGAGGAAAAGAGGGCGCUGAAGAACAACUAGCCAACGGGUGGAAGACCAGCAACCGAAGAUCACUAGAAAAUGCAAACGGCAACCAGAUCAGUCACCAGAAUACCAUUCUCUCUCUCUCUUUUUUUAAAAAGUCAGUAUGCAUGAAGCCUUACUGGUUGCUAGAAGAGGCAGCAGUGGACGAGGCCUGCAUGCUUUGCAGCAGGGCUUAACCAAAUAUUUUGACCAAUGGGGCGUGCAGAUUUGGAGAGGCGUCACUUUACCUGCAGUCCCUCCCAAUCUGGCUUGCCAACCUAUCGUUCUUGCUUUGUUGUUGCAGAGGAUUCUUUCCCUUUAAA